UUCUUGGACUCUACCGCAGAGUCCCCUCCGGUCCUCCUCGCCGGUGGCCUCCAGAUGCUCCACUCAUGGCGUUAGCGUCAGUCUAUCCAAAUCGACAUCUGGAUCGUCUUUCCCGAUUUGUUUACAGACCAUGGAGCAUGCAACGCAACAUUGGAGUAAGAAGAAGUGAGAAGAAGCAGAGUAAGCCGCACUCGCUCAUCCCGUUCGCUUGUGCCACUACCAAAUGCAUUGAUGCAGCAAAGGCAACCAAGGGGGUCACAGAUAACAAUCCCAGGGCGGAUGAUAUAUGGUUCCCGCUUAUCUAUACAAAUAGCAGCCACCGUGAUGGUGCCAUAUACAAGAAUUUGCAUCUUCAGGAAGAAUGGUCUGAUGCUGAUAUUACUGACCGUAGCGAGACUCGGUUGGAGCCAAUGAUGUUUUCGAAGGCCACAAGAAGUUGCUUACCUGAUCCAGAAAAUUGCAUGUUCCAUUUUCCACAACACAUGUUGCAAUUUAUCUCACUGACGCUGGCCGAAAGUCAUAUCAGCAGUGGCUCAAUACAAUUAUAUGGAUACAUAGCAGUUCGGGAUGAAAUGGAUUCCAUGCUUAACUAUGUUUUAAAUCAUAGCAGGGAUGAUCCCAUCAUCGUGCAGCAGGGUUCUCUCAUUGAAAUGACUGGCCCUAAGAGAGGCAUCGAGAUGGAAUUCCCUGUUCUAAUAGAGUUUGACAUGAGGAUCAAGAAUGGAGAGCAGGAGAAAGAUGAUCUGCAGCUGAUUGACGGAGCAAUAGCAUGCAGACAUCGAAGACCAUGGAAACCAAUCAUAAAUCGCAUUACUGGUAAUUGUGGCGCAGUUGACAUAUCUUUAGCAUAUGUUGAGCAUGCAGUGGAGGCCACAAUAGAAGUUGUCAUAUCAGAAGUACAGAGGGGUUUCAGUUUAUCUCUAACUUCCCUUGUUUAUAUUAAGGAGGACUUUGAAGAAGUUCAGCUUUUUCAUGGCUCUAUUGGUCAGUCGCGGGGCCUAAGAAGGUUUGUGGUUGCUGUCACGUUGGGUACUCGGAUGUUUUUGAGGUUCAGGGUAGGUAGCAAUAAUGUUGAACGUUAUCGUUCCUUUAAAGCUAAGCUACAUGGAUGUGUCACUCGACAGAUAAAGCUUGAGCAAGCUUCUUUCUCGGUGAAGGUGACUUGGUCCACUAUUUGAAUUCCU